AUGGCGUCGGCUGGUGCUCACCGGAUAUCAAUUCCAUCAACUGCGCAAUAUGCGUUGCCAUCUAAAUUCGCCUGUAACCGGCGGUCUAAGCCGCCGGCAAUUCGCCGCCAUAAUAAACCGCCGGUGAAAGUUUCCUACGCGAUUUUUACCGGCGGUCAAAAAACCGCCGUCAAGCCGCCGUUGAAAACUGCUGGUAUUGGUUACUUCAAAGAAAGUAUUAAGAAAGAUGUCACAAACGAAGCCUUCAUCUCUACCUACCUUACAGCUGUAAAGGCAUUGCGUGUUCUCUGUUGCUAUCAUGGCGAUUUUAUAUUUAUAUUUUUUUUUGAAGUGGCAGGGAGAGAUCGAAAGGGAGCAGAUAGAUUUCAAGGCGGGGCCUUUCCAUCUCCAUUUCUGUCAAUCUAUCAGCUUUAUCAGCUUAUCGCUGUCAGAAUCCGAACCAGGGUUUUCGCAUACCAUUUCGUGCUUUGUUCUUGUCAGAUUCGAUGGCGGCGAGUGAGCUUUAGUGGGAGCGUUGCUGCUACGCGUCGCCGAGUUCAUUCGAACCCUAGCUUAGGAUUUUUUAUCUGGUUUUCUUCGGAGGUGGUGGAGAAGAUGAUAUCCGCGGGGAUUAAUCUUGUGAUGACGGUUAUUGGAUUUGCGGUGAGUACGAUGUUCAUCGUCUUCGUGUGCACGAGGCUCAUCUGCGCUAGAAUCCAACUGCAGGCGUCAAGGAGGUCAUUCCCCGCGGCUUCCAGAUCUGAUCUAAGCAUCAUGGAGCGUGGGGUCCAUGGACUUGAACCUGUUGUGGUGUCAAGUUUUCCUACAAAGUUUGUUGACCAGUUCGCAUAUGGACAAGAUACUCAAUGCGCGAUUUGUCUUUCUGAAUACCAAGAGAAAGACAUCCUGCGUGUCCUUCCUUAUUGUGGACAUGCUUUUCAUGUUUACUGCAUCGACACAUGGCUGAGGCAGCACUGGACAUGUCCGGUCUGCAGAAUUUCAUUACGAAAUUCUCCCGAUAGAAGACGAAAAACGCCACCUGCUCAAAAUUCUUCUUUGAGACCUCUUUUUCGUGAAAAUUUUGUUUCUGAAUCAUAUCACUAUCAAUUUGGCGUGGACAAUUUUUCAUCAAGUCUGAUCCCAGAUCCAGCUAGAGCUGAUGAUACUGUUUCUAGCACUCCAGAAGUAAACUGCUCUACAGAAUUAGUAAAGCAGAUGGAGAGUCCAUCAAAUUCUUAGUUUUCUGUGUACAAUGUAGAGUUUAGCUGACCGUUUAAACUCCAUCUCUACAAAGUUGAAGCAUUGUUGAGAUUGUUGUUAAAGUUCCACACCAGCUGAGUGUUGGAAGUUGAUAACAAUUCAUUGUAAAUAUCUCAAAACUUGUGCUUUAUUUAUAGGAUAGAAAAAUUCAGAUUUGAAAUUUUAUAUGUACUGUUUCAUCUAUUUCUUGCUCCUCUUUUGUUUUGCUACUGAACUCAUGGUGGAAAUUAAACCUAUAUUUUCGCUUAGUU